CAAUCACAAAUCCACAAGCGCCUCGACCAACACUGUUUUAAGACCGCAUUUGAAAGUAUUUUUUGACAUUAUUUUCACUGAAUUAUAAAAAAAAGUUGAUUCAUUUUAUUUUAAUGUGCGCUCGUGAAGCUGAUGCAGAUAUUUAUCUUAGCGCACGACUGAUCUGAGAUCUGCUUUUAAACAGAGACCCGGUUGGAAAUACGGUUUUAACUAAGGAUGGCUUCGCGCGGGAAAUCAGAAACUGGAAAAUUAAGGCAGAAUAUGGAAGAGCAACUUGACAGACUGAUGCAGCAGCUUCAGGAUCUGGAAGAAUGCAGAGAAGAACUGGAUGAGGACGAGUAUGAGGAGACAAAAAAGGAAACCUUGGAACAGCUGAGUGAAUUCAAUGACUCCCUGAAGAAGAUCAUGACAGGAGACAUGACACUUGUGGAUGAGCUCAGUGGAAUGCAACUGGCGAUCCAGGCUGCCAUCAGCCAAGCAUUCAAAACUCCAGAAGUGAUCCGACUUUUUGCAAAGAAACAGCCAGGACAGCUGAGAACCAGGCUAGCAGAGAUGGACCGAGAUGUCAUCGUGGGGAAACUGUCGCGGGAUGUGUACACACAGCAGAAAAUGGAAAUCCUCACAGCCUUGAGAAAACUUGGAGAGAAGCUCACUUCGGAGGAUGAGACUUUUCUCACUGAAAAUGCCACAGCUACUCUGAGCCAGUUUGAAAAAGUGACUGCAAACUUAGGAUCUGAAGACAAGAUUAUGGCUUUAGCUAGUUCUGGUGUGAAAACCAAGACAUAGUAAUUCUACGAAAUGUUCAUUUUAACUCUCUCUACCAAGAAAGCAAUGUACCAAUUGAUCAUUGAUUUUGUAAAUAAUCAGUGCACUUCUAUGUGUUAACACUUUUUAACAGUAUUGUUUUAUAUCCUGCAACUUUUGUAAAUGUCUUUUAUUUGUCCAGAUAGGUGUAAUAGUGUAUUAUAGGUACGAGCGUGGGAUUUGUUGAAUAUGAAGAUGUACAUGAAUGUGAAGGAUAGUCAAGGCAGUUCAAGAGAAAUAUUCUGUUGUGAUUUGUGCUGCGUUUCUUGUUGGUUGCUGUAAUGUAAUUUGAACUAAACUGUGCUGUGUACAGGGAUUAGGACAAAAUAACAGAAAUACUGCCAGAAAGAGAACUUUGAAGUAACUAAAUUACACUACAGAGGCACUAACACUAGUAGGUCAAUUUGUAUGCAGUACACAUACAGUAUGACUUGACAAUGUGCAGCAGUUCAAACAUAUCUGACAAUCACUUCUUUUAGUGUGUUUUCAAAGCAAUGUACAUCCAGUUUCCUAUUUCAGAUUUAAAUCUGUUUGUCUUAAUAAAACAUAUGCUUUUUAUUGGCCUCUUAAAGUCAGUGUAUAUAAGAGGACUGCCAUUUUGAAAGUGAAUUCAUCCCGUGCAACUCCAGUAUUAAGAUGCACGACGAGUUGAAACAAGCGCCAAUCUGGAUGGAAAAAAAAUUAGUCUUUUGACCAGUUUGCCUGGAAUGUGAUCAGAAAUCCUCUGAAUGGAUUAGAUGCCAUCUGCUAAACGUUGCGGAGGGUCUUGAGAUGGUUUCAGCAUCCAUCUCAUGGGAGUGAUUCAGUUUGAUUAAUAGUCUGUGUGGACGUUUAACAGCCAAGGAACAUGAGGUCACUUUACAGUGCCAGAUGCAUUCUGCACUGUUGUUCAUGUCCUCGCUCUGCAGAACGAUAAAAAAAUAAUGAACAGGAUGAAAUAAAAACACUUUCCAAUCUCUUCAAAUGCCAGAUGUAAGAGUGAUUGAGCUGUUUUAGAGAAUGUAAUCAAUGGCUGUUCGAAGGAUAGAGUACGUUCAGCACACAUUUUAAAUACACAUUGAGGACUACAUCUUGUCUGGUUCUGGAUAUUUAUGUUGUUUCUAUUAUUUUGUCCGCACUCCUAUAUUUAUUGAUUAUCAAGCAUUUCAAACUGCUUUAGCUGACAGCUAUAAUUAUAAAUUUGCAGUAUUCAAGUUCAAUAUUGCCUUCGUAUUUCAUUUUCAUAUUUAGUUCAGAAGAUGUAGAAUUUAAUGUCACAAUGUUUACACCAUUGAUCAUAAUUGAUAUUCAGCUUUGAAUGUUUGUUUCUCUGUAAAUAAAUCAAUGAUCAUUGUUUUAAUUAUUCAUGUUUUACUUGUUAAAUGAUGUUGCACCUUUUUGGGUCUUAGAUCAUUUUUUAUUUUCACCACCAGAGGACACUAAUGCUCAAGAUUUAACCCACUUUCAGCAGCACUACUCAGGGCGUAUACCACCAGCACUGUCUACCCCAGUGAUACACUUACAGUGUGAGUGAUUACUAAGGAAAAACAAGAGCAGACAGAAGUUAUACCCCAUCUUAUCAUCCUUUAUUUUGUUUACGAGCAAGCAUCAACUUCACUACAAUUUGCCUUUUAAUUGGUAGAAAAGUGAGAGCAGCUCCAACAAGCACAAAGGAAGCAUUCAACCGUUCUGAAAACAUUGCCACCAUCCAUUUUGAGCAAA